CUCUCUCUCUCUCUCUCUCUCUCUCUCUCUCUCGCUCGGCGUCGAUUUCUCGCAGGAAUCCGCCGGGAAAAAGUUUCCGAUUUUACGAAACUCUCGAUCAUCGUCGUCGGAUUUUCAUUGGCUUGGUGAUUUUUAUCGGUUUAUUUUCUCAUCGGAUUCGGCGGACUUGAUGCGUCGUGUUCUUCGCUCGUCAGGAAUUUUCUCCGCACGCGAUAUUUGAAUUUGAAUUUGUUCCGGCUUCUGGGUCUCCGAUUCUAGGGUUUUUUCUGGGCACCUUCUUCAGUUAUCUGGGUAUUUGUAGAUCUCCACCAGCAAGAUGAGUGUUGCUAAAUCUCAGGUUUGGCAACCAUGCAAGAAGAAGAGGUUGUGAACGCUAAAAAGAGAUCGAUCGCCACUGUAAUCUGAGGAGGAGAAGAACAGCUGAGAAUCUACAGACGAGAGCAAGAGAUGGCUUCUCGGUCGGGAUCUGCGAGCAAUUCGGGAAAUCUGGGCAGGACAAGAGUCGGAAAGUACGAGCUCGGAAGGACACUCGGCGAAGGGACCUUCGCGAAGGUUAAGUUCGCGAGGAACGUCGAAACGGGAGAGAACGUCGCCAUCAAGAUCAUUGACAAAGAGAAGGUCAUGAAGAAUAAGAUGAUCGCUCAGAUUAAACGUGAGAUCUCGACCAUGAAACUGAUCAAGCACCCGAAUGUGAUCCGUAUGUACGAGGUGAUGGCAAGCAAAACCAAAAUAUACUUUGUUUUGGAAUUCGUGACCGGUGGUGAGCUUUUCGACAAAAUUUCAAGUAAAGGGAGGUUGAAGGAGGACGAGGCAAGAAAAUACUUUCAGCAGCUUAUUAACGCAGUUGACUAUUGCCAUAGCAGAGGAGUUUAUCAUAGAGAUCUUAAGCCGGAGAAUUUGCUUCUUGAUGCAAAUGGAGCUCUUAAAGUGUCUGAUUUUGGGUUGAGUGCUCUACCUCAGCAAGUUCGGGAGGAUGGACUGCUUCACACAACUUGUGGAACUCCAAACUAUGUUGCUCCUGAGGUUAUCAACAACAAGGGAUAUGAUGGAGCCAAGGCUGAUUUGUGGUCGUGUGGUGUGAUUCUUUUUGUCCUAAUGGCCGGUUAUUUACCUUUCGAAGAUCCUAAUCUCAUGUCAUUAUAUAAAAAGAUAUUUAAGGCGGACUUUACUUGUCCCCCCUGGUUCUCUACAAGUGCUAAGAAGUUGAUCAAACGGAUCCUUGACCCGAAUCCAGCAACGAGGAUCAAAUUUGCUGAAGUCAUUGAAAAUGAGUGGUUUAAGAAAGGAUACAAGGCACCUGCAUUUGAGCAUGCUGAUGUCAGCCUCGAUGACGUUGAUGCAAUUUUUGACGAAUCUGGGGAUUCUAGGAAUCUUGUUGUGGAGAGAAGAGAAGUAGGAGCUUCGGCACCCGUAUCUAUGAAUGCCUUUGAGCUGAUCUCAACUUCUCAGGGUCUCAAUCUCGGUACUCUUUUCGAGAAACAAAUGGGGCUUGUUAAACGCAAAACGAGAUUUACCUCCAAAUGCAAUGCUAAUGAUAUAAUCUCAAAAAUUGAGGCAGCUGCUGCACCUUUGGGGUUUGAUGUUAAGAAAAAUAACUACAAGAUGAAACUCUUAGGGGAGAAGGAAGGACGCAAGGGUCAUUUAGCAGUGGCCACUGAGGUAUUUCAAGUGGCACCGUCACUUUAUAUGGUUGAAGUCCGAAAAUCCGGUGGUGACACCUUGGAAUUUCACAAGUUUUACAAGACCCUUACCGCGGGGCUGAAAGACAUUGUCUGGAAAACAAUAGACGAAGAAAAAGAGGAAGGCAGCGAUGGUGGCACUGCCAUGGCCGUAGCUUCUUCUUAAGAGUAUGAACGCUCGUUUUCUUCUUGAUUUUCUCGGUUCAAAAUGCUCGGUAUUCGUCUUCAUUCUUGAUUUUUUCUCGGUUCAGAACACUCGGUUAUGGUUGUCCGGUGAUAUGGUCUUGGAAAUUAUACAGGAAAAAAGAUUUGCAAGUUUUUUUUCGUCUUUUGUUGUGGGGGUUGGUGGUUCCAUGGAACUGUUGUGAAACUGUGAAUACCGACAACAUGUUGCAGGGAUGAGAAUAUGAAGUGGGAACUGUGUGUGUGUUGCCAUUGGAGCAGAGCUUCGUUGUCUGGAUUGGAUUCAGACAUUUGAUUCUGUUUUUUCAGUUUUAGUUUUCAACAGACUUAUGUCUUCUUCUUCUCGGAUUCAGGAUGCAGUAGUGGCGAUUGUGUGGAUAUUAUUAUUGUACAUGUACGGGGGACUCUCAAUACGUUUUUAUAAAGAU